AUGAGCCUUGAUCCGAGCUCUUUUCCAAGGUCCAACUCCCCCGCAAGCUCCGACAGCUCCUUUACGCGCUCCCGCUUACGAGGGAAGGAGGAGCCCUUGAAGAAAGACAAGAAUUACCGCCGCUAUGCUUCAACUGUUGAAAGAGCCCUGUCGUUGUUCGACACAGCACUACAGGAAUGGGCGGACUAUAUCUCAUUCCUUAGUCGCCUGUUGAAGGCUCUCCAAUCGCAUCCCGCAGACUUACCAGUCGUCCCCCACAAGGUGCUUGUAGCCAAACGCCUCUCACAGUGCUUGAACCCUUCACUACCGUCGGGCGUACACCAGAAAGCGCUCGAAGUAUACAUCUAUAUAUUUAAUCUGAUUAAGUCUGAAGGCUUGUCACACGACCUCCCCUUGUACCUGCCAGGCAUCGCGCCCACUCUUACCUUCGCCUCGCUCACAGUCCGUCCUCUGUUCUUAUCCUUGGUAGAAAGUCAUAUUUGCAAUCUCGAGCCAUGGGCCAUUCGUCCGGCAUUGAAGGCUAUAAUCUUGGCCCUUUUACCAGGCCUGGAAGAGGAAACCAGUGAUGACUUCGAUCACACGCUGCGACUCGUUAACAAAUUCCGCGACAUCGCAGCAACGAAGCUAGAGACGCAGAGAUCCGGAGCAGAUGCGGAAUCAAGCGGUCAAUACUUCUGGCAGUGUCUGUUCCUGGCAUCCAUAACCAGCCCUAGCAGACGUUCGGGUGUCUUAGCUUACCUGAACCGAUAUUUGCCAAAGUUAGGCAUUACGGAUCGCAGACCUAGUAAGGGUGAUGGAAGUAACUUUGAGGACAUGCCACAUGAUAUGCGCGUGGCGGUGGACUCUGUUAUCAUGCCUGAGCCGGGCUUGCUUAUUAGGUGUUUUGCGUCUGGUCUGGUGGAUGAACAAAUCCUCGUACAGCGCAACUUUCUUGACUUACUUGUGACUCAUCUUCCACUCAGCUCGCCUAUACUGCAGUCGCGGAUCACGGAUGACGACCUUCAGAGAUUAAUGAUUGCGGCUGUUGGCGUUGUUGCCCGACGAGACAUGAGCCUGAACAGGAGGCUGUGGGCGUGGUUCCUAGGUCCUGAAGCUGCGAGUGAUCAGCCACCUUUCGAAAGUGAAGGGACAACGGGAGCAUACGCUGUUGAUGACGAACGGUUAUCGCAGUCAGAGUAUUUCAGUCAAUUUGGUCUAAAACCUCUUGUAAAAGGUCUGCUUCGGUUGAAUGAGCAAGACUCGAGAACUCCCUCGGAAAGGUCAAAGCCAUUUCGAAUCUCACUUUCAUUGAUGGACAGAUGGGAAGUUGGCGGUCAUAUUGUUCCUGCAGUAUUCCUACCCCUUAUGCGCAACAUCCAAGCCUUCGGAAAAUCAGCUUCCAAGCAUCAGUUCGACGAGGUUUUUCGGAGCGCCAGUGCCUUCUUCGAUGGUGUCGAGAGUGGCGUGAUCUUUUCGGAGCUUCUUGGCCUGAUAGACUGGAGAGCUGAUGAUGUUUGUAGCAAGGAGAGGCAGGCUUUGGACGACUUGCAACUCGCUCAGUUCAUUUUGGACAAUUUCAAUGUCCGUGAAGAGGACAUGCUUCUUACCCACGUACCUCUGUUGGUGCUUACUAUCCUCGUAAAAUUGAGCGAGCUUUCAUCAUUUACAAAGGAUUCCGGAAUCGUCCCUGACGAGCUUCUUGAAAUAUCCAACGGGCUUAUGAAGGUUAUGAACUCCUUGACAGCGCUACUGACAGAGCGAGCGUUCGCGAGAAAAUCUGAAUCGGCCAAAGCGAUAGCGGAUGAUUCCAUGGUCGACAUCAGCGACAUUGAUAUUAUGAAAAGAAUCCAUAGCUUCUAUGAUCAAAGUAGAAGCAGUCUGGAUCUUCCACCACUCCCUUUUCUCCCCAGACACUUGGGUGAUCUCAUAACGCGGAAAGCUCACGAUCUUGCCACAUCGGCCCUCGAAAAGCGCAAUGGUAGUAUACUUACUCAAGAGAUCCUGAGUCUUCUGGUUGCCCUGCUGAAACGACUUCCCAAAUCACUUGUGUUCCAUGACAGGCGCUUCUAUCUGGCUAUUUGCAGUCGAGUGAAGAUUGACCAGGCAGAACAGUCUACAUCUUUUUUCUCGACUAUAUCUUCCAUUGUCUCCGCAGUGACCAGCUUGUAUUUCAUACAGGCCCCUGGGUACUAUAUCAGCUAUGAGGAUGUUGCAGAACUGAUACCGACACUCGUCCAACGUCUUUGGCAGUUCCUCUCACCAGCAAGUCCCAAGUUUCAUGUAGAGGCGGCCCGCUGUCUCUGGCAUCUACACUCGGUUUCUUGGUCAGAUCAUAUUGUCGAGGCGUCCAUAACAUCUCUCAUGGUUGGUUCAGCGCCAGGUUCUCACCAUCUGUCUUCUGAAGAGCAGGCUGGAAAAUAUUUUGUUCUCUGGAAUCAUAGCCACCAUGGCUCAUACGAACUUCCUCCAAAACAAGCGCACGAUGCGAGAAAGGCACAAACGGCUUACUAUUCGUCGAUGCUUGAGCGCCCACUUUUCCUCGUUUUGGAUCUUCUGACUCAAGGGCCCAAUGAGGCUUCACAGGUAGUUCAGCGAUGGCUUCAAGAUUUAUCAUCCAUUCAAAAGGUGUUUCGUAUCGUGAUCUUGCGACUUGAGAACCUUCUCUUGCGAGAAACACAGUCAGAAAUUGAGGGCGACAACGCCGUCAUUUCCACUGACGACUAUAAAGAGUGCAACUACCUUUUGCGGACAAUCUACAAUAUCCUCUGCUCGCUGUCCCCCAAUGGAUGGAUAUCUCUUCUUACUCAGACAUUGAAUCCAGCGGAUAAACAAAAGGAUGGUGCUUCUGAAGAUGGUGCUGAAUUCCAAUCUCUCCACUCUAUUAUUUUCCAGCUAUCCUCAAAGGUAAUCAUUGGGAGAAGGCGAAAUGCAGCAUCACAGGCGGACUACGAAGAAGUGAAACUCCAGCAGACCUCCCUGCUGGUCAUAAGACAACUUCUUCAAGGACCCGGAGGUGAAGAGAUUGCUGAAUCGGGAAUUGACUCCUUCUUGGUUGAUCAACUGUCUUCUGUCCUCGACGAAGGAGGUAGCGUCGAAUUGCAAGGGGCUAUAAUAGACACCCUACUCUCAGCUUUGAAGGUCCGAUUCGCGCAAGCAUACCUACCACCGCCCCCUCCCAGGCCAAAACAUCAGCGUGCACAGUCCCGCGAGCGCCUCACAAGUCCGUCACUUCUUUCCUUUACCAGUGAUAAGGCUGAUAGAGGUCCUUCGCUUCCUGUUCCACCUCAACCUCCUUCCCACCUUCUAGAGUGUCUUCUCAAAGGCAUUAGCUCUAAAAGUUCGAGAGAUAUCGUGGAGAAGUGGACCCUACUGCUUUGUGAAGUGCUUCCCCUAUAUUCAGGAUCCCUCUUCCAGAUCCUGGUCAUGUUAGUGGAAUGCUUCUGUAAGGAGAUUCAAUUAUCAUACACGAAUCUUCAGCUCUCUUUUAGACAAACCGACGGUUGGCCAGAAGAUCGCUCUGAACAUGUCACCAUUACCCUACUUACUGGACUUGAGACUUGCAUAGCGGCAGCUCACGAACGCCUUCUCGUGGAGGAAGCGAACAUACCGGCUGUCAAAAGCCCUGACCACGCCCAUGGGUUCUUUGGCAACAUGGUGUCAGGAGUAUUUGCGACAGAUUCUAACCAGGGGCGCUCGACCGCAGCGAACAACAGAUUGACUGUAUUAUUGUGCUUCCAGGAUGCCGUUCGACUGUGCUUUUCCAUAUGGUCCUGGGGUGCCGUGGAGCGAAAGGGCCCACCCCAAGAUACCGAGUCUCUCGCGUCCUUCCAAUACACCUCUCUGCGGAUGAGAAACAGGUCUCGUCGAAUUCUUGAGCAUCUUUUCACUGCGGAGGCCCUUGAAUGCCUAGAGACGAUGAUAGAGAUGUGGUCAAGAGCUGACCCUGACACAUCACCACUGAUUUUCAGUUUGCUCCACACUCUGGACGGAUCUCGCCCAAAGAUCACCAUUCCAGCAAUCUUCAAUGCCAUUUAUACACGAACCAACCCUGCUGCCCUUGAACCCCACCGUAAAUCUGCCUUGACGUCAAGCCUCACUGAAUCGGAGCUGGCAGGUUUUCUGGUUACUUAUGCCAGGUCUCUGGAUGAUGACGUACUUGACGAGAUCUGGACAGACUGUACAACAUUUUUACGUGACGUCUUGAGCAACCCCUUCCCCCAUAGACAAAUCCUUCCCCGGCUAGUGGAAUUCGCUGCCAUCCUUGGAGCCAAGAUGGAGAAUACAACCUUUGGCGAGGAUCGACGGAUGAGAAAGGAACUAGGGGAUGUAUUGCUUCGUCUGCUCACCGCCAUCUUCACAAGCAAACCUCUGGGAUUAUCUCAGGAUUCGAGUAUACUGGGGAGGCCAUCCCUGGAUUAUGACAACUCCGCUGUACCGCACGCUGGCCCUGACGAUAUUCUCAGUAUUCUUGCACUCUCGAUGCCGUCUUUUACAGCACUGUUAGGUGAUUCUGAUCGCAUCGUCUCCGCUGUGUCAGGCAUAUCCUCUCAUGUGACCGGGCCUCUUCUGCGUUCGCGACUAUUUCCCAACAAUAUUAACGGCAGUGUGAUGUCGCUCCUGCAACACAUUGCGAAGGUUCCAGCUGCUGCAAAAGUCUGGAAGAAGGACAUAGCUGAUGCCUUCAACGAUCCACGAUUUUUUGGCUUCCAGGUUGAUCUCGUGAGAAGCGGUUGGAUGAAGCUACUCAGGCAAUGGGUAAUUGCCGACAAAGACCGCCUGACAGAGUUGAUGUCUCGUCUUCCACCACCGAGUACAGCAGGACUCAUGUUCGGUGUUGGAGCGUCUGCUGCUCGCUUGGAAGCUGACCGGAAGGCUCAGUUGAAUCUGCGGAGGAUAUCACUGCUGAUAUUAUCUGCGAAUGAAGAUUACUUCAUUGGAGAAGUACCGGACCUGCUUCAGAAGCUGGAAGAUCUGCUUGCGGCAACGAGCUCCUCAUCUCCGUCGUCCACCACAAGAGCAGAGAUAUUCAUGGUACUUCGGGCGCUUGCGCUUAAGAGUUCAACUACCACACUUGCGCCAUUCUGGCCAUUGAUCAAUACAGAACUUCAAGAAGCUAUUUCUAGCAUACCUCUUGGAGCGCAACAAGAAGUUUACAAUGCAUACUCGCUGUUGCAAGCGUGUAAGCUUCUGGAUACACUACUUGUUCUGGCGCCAGAUGAUUUUCAGCUUCUCGAGUGGCUUUAUGUCACCGACACGAUUGAUGCUGUUUACCCUCCUGGGCAUCUAGAAUCAAGGGCACUUGCGGACGAGAUAUCGCAGACCUUGGGUGUACGUGGCUCGGCGCCACCACGUUCACCGCGCGAAGCUACCGAGUCUGGCGAUGGAAUGAAGCGACCUCAGCUGACAUUGGAUUGGAUCCGUGAGACGGCAAAGGACGAGCUUAUCGAUCAGGUACUUCGACCGUUUCUCGACCGACUUAGUAUUUAUGCUUUCGAAAGCACUUAUGGUAUGGGCAAUCCGGACUUGAAGAGUUGCCAGGACGACUUAUUGGCGGAUUUGUUUAACGAGAGCACCAUGGCCAAUUGA